ACAACAUUUGCUCACUUCCUGUCUCUGUUACAUUUUGGGAAUUCUUGGAAUAUUUCAAACUUUUCCACUAUUAUGAUAUUUGUUAUGGUGAUCAGUGAUUGACUUGCUGAAUGUUCAGAUGAUGGUUAGCAUUUUUCAGCCAUAAAGUAUGUUUUAAUUAAGACUUUUUGUUAUGAUUGUUCUGUUUAAUCAAGAUGUCUAACAAAGCAGGGGCUUCCAAGAAAAGAUCUCAACAGUUAAAAAAAAACCCAAAACGAAAAACUGAUGAUGAAGAAGUGGAGUUACCAGAGAGAAAGGUUAGAAACACAGCAAAAAAUAAAAAUCCAAAGCAUCUGCCUUCUGAAGUAACAGGACAAACAGAGCAUACUAAUCUAAAACGGGUAAAGGUAGCAUUCAACAAGAGAAAAACGUGGCAGCCUCUUUCAAAGAGGAGCAGAGAGCAUUUACAAGCUAUGAUGGAAUCAGUAAUAAUAACAAUUUUGAGUAACAAUAUUAGAGAACAUGAACAAGUUCAGUAUCAUCUUAACUAUCUAAAGAAAAGAUUGCUACAACUGUGUGAAAAUCUUAAAGUCCCUCCCAAAAAGCUGAAAGAUUUAACUAAUGUGUCAAGUCUACUGAAAAUGGAAAGGGCAGAGCACAGAGCUAAUGAAGAAGGUCUGGCAUUAUUGCAGGAGGAAAUAGAUAAAAUACUAGAGACCAUAGAGUCAAUGACUGGGAGUAUUCACAGCCUAAAGAACAAAAUUCAAAUUCUGACAAGUGAGGUGCAAGAAGAGGAAGAGAAAGUAAAACAGAUGUUUCAGAUAGAUAGUGGGGUACUCUGUCUUCCAGAACUUUCUCAGAAGAGUCUCAAAGCUCCCACACUUCAGAAAGAAAUUCUGACGUUAAUUCCAAACCAUAAUGCUCUUCUGAAGGACUUGGAUGUUCUCCAUAAUUCAUCCCAGAUGAAGAAUAUGUUAACUUUCAUUGAAGAAGCCUAUAAGAGACUGGAUGCCUCUUAAUGAGGUUUUUUUUUUUUUUUUAGACUGGUCCAUAUUAAUUUAAUGUCUAUGAAUUUAUAAAACUGUUACUUGUGAUGAUAUUGCAGAGGGUGACUCUUCAGGAUGUAUUUCCAAUACACACUUAAAAUUAGCCUUAUAGAUCUGUUAGCAUCUAAUGUCCUAAAAACUGUUUUGAGUAGUUGCCAAAACUGGGAACUCACAUUUCUGUUGCUGUAUCUCUGGUUAUUUGCCUGAAGCCAUGAAACAAGGAACAGUCACAAUCUAAUGAUUUACAGUGACUGAAUUGAACUCAUUUAUUGGCUAGUGCAGUGGAAAUGUGGUACUGUCAUAUAUAAAGUGUGUGUAGUAGCUGGUACAUAGAAACAUAAUUGUUUGCUAGCAUUAUUAUCCUUUAGCUCAUGACUUGCAUUUUCUGUGUGGUUAUCUGGAACUUGAGAAAUCCCCAAAUGCCUUAAUUCUUUUACAUGACUCCCUGGAUUUUUGUGGCAUAAUUAAGAAUUGCCAGGUGUCUUUGCCUUUGGAGGUAGCAUGACCAUAUUUCUUUGGUUGGGUUAUUGACUAGAUGUUGAAUAUUUUCCACUAUCAUCAAAGCAUACUUUAUCUAAAAGAAACCUAAGCACAUUUAUCCUUUAAAAGAAAAAUCAAACAAAAACCCCUUUCUAUAAACCUUUUCUCAUUGUAGUAAUAAGUAUAUGUGUGUAUAUAUAUAUAUA